UUGCAUCAAGAAAAGGGAACAUUUAAACCCCACGAUAUCUUCUCCCUGUAACCAACGGCAGCAGAUCCAAUUGGUGGAAUCGUCUCCGCGCCAUUCACGACGCUUGAGUCCACGAGCUCAAGUCGCCAAACAAGCUCCGCCUCCGCGCCGCGCGCGUCUAUAUACACUCCUGCGCGCGCUCGUGCCCUUCGCCCCCUCCGAAUCUCCGUCGCGACCGCGGCCAUGGCCGCCGCAAGAGCCAUGGCACUCGCCAUCCUCCACCUCUGCGCGCUGUUCUUGUUGGCUCCCCUCCCCGCGCUCGCCGCGGCCGCCGGCAAGCGGUCCUCGUACAUCGUGUACCUCGGCGACCACGCGCACGGCGCUCAGCUUGGCACGCACGGCGCCGAGGAGCUGGCGGGUCUCGAGAGGGACGCCGCCAACGCGCACUACGACCUCCUCGCCGCCGUCGUCGGGGACAAGGAGAAGGCGCGGGAGGCAAUCUUUUACUCGUACACCAAGCACAUCAACGGCUUCGCCGCCAACCUCGACGCCGCCACCGCCGCCGAGAUCGCCAGGCAACCCGGGGUGGUGUCGGUGUUCCCCAACCGAGGACGCAAGCUGCACACCACGCGGUCGUGGCAAUUCCUCGGGCUCGCGGGUCCCGGCGGCGUCCCCCGCGGCGGGGCGUGGCAGAAGGCGAGGUUCGGCGAGGACACCAUCAUCGGCAACUUCGACACCGGCGUGUGGCCAGAAUCAGAUAGCUUUAGGGAUGAUGGCCUGGGACCAGUUCCAACCCAGUGGAAAGGAACAUGCGACACAGGUCAAGAUGAUAAGUUCUCUUGCAACAGGAAGCUGAUCGGCGCGCGCUACUUCAACAAGGGCUACGCCUCGGCGAUCGGCGCGUUCAACGCGUCCAUGUACAACACGCCGCGCGACAUCGACGGCCACGGCACGCACACGCUGUCCACGGCCGGCGGCUCGCCGGCGCCCGGCGCGGCCGUGUUCGGGUUUGGCAACGGCACGGCCUACGGGGGCUCCCCGCGCGCGCGCGUGGCGGCCUACCGCGUGUGCUACCCGUACUUGACCAGCAGCGUGUGCUUCGACGCGGACAUCCUGGCCGCGUUCGACACCGCCAUCCACGACGGCGUGCACGUGCUCUCCCUCUCCAUCGGCGGCGCCCCCUCCGACUACUUCAACGACGGCAUCGCCAUCGGGUCCUUCCACGCCGUCCGCCGCGGCAUCGCCGUUGUCUGCUCCGCCGGCAACUCUGGACCCAGCCUGGGCACCGUCUCCAACGUCGCGCCGUGGAUCUUCACCGCCGGCGCUAGCACCAUGGACCGCGAGUUCCCGUCCUACAUCGUCUUCGACCACACAAAGGCCAAGGCACGCCUCUCCUCAGAAUACUCCCCUUUUGCGAUACAACCGCACAAACACCUCACAAAGAUUAAGGGGCAGAGCCUGUCGGCGACGGAUCUCCCGGAGAAGAGCUCUUACCCAUUGAUCGACUCGGUGCAGGCUGCAGCUGCCAACGCAACGGAAAAGGACGCGCAGCUGUGCAAGAUAGGGUCGCUGGAUCCGGCGAAGGUGAAGGGAAAGAUCGUGGUGUGCCUCCGUGGGAUCAAUCCCCGGGUGGCGAAGGGCGAGGCGGUCCGGCAAGCCGGCGGCGUCGGGAUGGUGCUCGCCAACGACGAGAGCACCGGCAACAACAUCAUCGCCGACGCGCACGUCCUCCCGGCCACGCACAUCAAGUACCUCGACGGCCUGCUCCUCUACUCCUACCUCAAGUCCACCAAGACUCCGACCGGGUUCAUCACGAAGCCGGCGACGGUCCUCGGCACGAAGCCGGCGCCGUUCAUGGCCGCCUUCUCGUCACAGGGACCCAACACCGUCACCCCCGAGAUCCUCAAGCCGGACAUCACGGCGCCCGGUGUGAGCGUGAUCGCGGCGUGGACCCGCGCCAACUCGCCGACGGGCCUCGCCUUCGACUUGCGGCGCGUGGCCUACAACUCGCAGUCCGGGACGUCCAUGUCGUGCCCGCACGUCUCCGGCAUCGUCGGCCUCCUCCGCACACUCCACCCGGAAUGGAGCCCCGCCGCGAUCAGGUCGGCCAUCAUGACCACCGCGGUGGAGAUGGACAACAAGGGCGAGCUCAUCCUGAACUCGUCCUUCGUGCCGGCAAGCCCCUUUGGCUACGGCGCGGGCCACGUCUCCCCUGCUCGCGCCAUGAACCCAGGCCUCGUCUACGACCUCGGCGACGCCGACUACCUCGACUUCCUCUGCGUGCUCCGGUACAACGCCUCCAUGAUGGCCAUGUUCAACGGCGCGCCGUACACGUGCCCCGGCGAGGCGCCCCGCUCCAUCACGGACCUCAACUACCCGUCCAUCACCGUCGUCAACGUCACCGCCGCGGGCGCGACGGCGCGGCGCAGGGUCAAGAACGUCGGCUGGCCCGGCACGUACAAGGCCUUCGUCACCGAGCCGGCCGGCGUCGCCGUGACGGUGACCCCCAGCUUGCUCGAUUUCGGUGCCAAGGGGGAGGAGAAGGGGUUCGAGGUGAAGUUCCAAAUCAAGAACGCCACGCUCGCCAAGGACUAUUCGUUUGGCUCCCUGGUCUGGACGAACGGGAAGCAGUUUGUGAGGAGCCCUCUUGUGAUAAAGGCGUUGGCUUGACUCAUCACGUAGGGUUUAACGUUGGUUUGAUUUGAUAGGGAGAGAGGCUGUGAACUUUGCCUCUGAUUCCAUAAUAAAUUAAGCAAAUUUAAGUGAUUA